AUGUCCUCCCCCAAAGCAUGCUACAUUGGCGACCUCAACAAAGAGGACCUUCUCUUUGCUCUGUGGGAAAACAGCCAAACGGCCUCUUGUCUUAACAAGACAACAUAUAUCAAGCCACCCACUUAUAGCAGAGAAGAAGCUCUGCGCCAGGCCAAGGAGUUCAACUGGUAUAUUAUCUGGCUGUUUGGAAGACCAAUCAUGGCAAAUCUGGCAGGUGACUAUUCGGACUCUGGCGAGUACAACGAUUAUCGAGGUAGCAACCUGAUGUUUCAUGAGGUUGUGGAGUUGGUAAGGAGGAAGGCGAAGGCUAACACUACAUCUGAGGCAGAUGGUGAUGUUAAGGAUGUUGCUCCUGCUCAUCCUGCUGCCUCUGCUGCCUCUGCUGCCCCUGUCACAGACUCUUCUACUUCUAAGCCCUCGGAGCACUGA